GUUAUUAUAGACUGAAAAAAAAAACAGUUCCCCAACGAACCGCGGAAGCGCCGACGAAUCAACAGACUUCGAGAUGGCGGCGGCGGCUCCUGCUCCGGCGGCGGCGCCGGCGACGGGGAAGCGGAAGCGGGAUCUCUCCGAGGACGACGUGUACCUCAUCCUCCACAAGUACUCGCCCACGCAGGUCCUGACGGUCCUUCAGGAGGUGUCGCAGCACGCGGAGAGGAGGAGGAUCGACUGGAGGGCGCUGGUCGCCAAGACGGCCACGGGGAUCACCUCCGCCCGCGAUUACCAGAUGCUCUGGCGCUACUUGGCCUACGGCCACGACUUCGUCGAGCUUGUCGACACCACCGCCCAACCUCUGGGCGACGAGAGCGACUUGGAAGGUGAGAUUGAACCCUCUCCUACCCCGAGCAGCGAUGCCCUAGCCGAGGCCUCAGGGUUCGCCAAGAUCUUAAUGUAUGGACCUUCACGUGAACAAGCUUCUAGUCAUCGUGCUAACCCAGAAGUUGCUGUGCUAAAUACUCCAAAUGAGAAGAUACCGCGUGUUCCAUCUGACAAACAGCUUGGUCAGAGUCACCGUCUAACAAAUGGUACAGGUCCAGUUUCCAACUCAAAACAGGCUUCCUAUACAGGGUUAUCUCUUGAUCCUUUUGAUGGAAAUGGACCUCACAAAAAGAAAAAGAAGCCUAAACCAUGGUCGAAAGAGGAGGAUGCGGACUUAACGACUGGUGUACAUAAGUGUGGUGAAGGAAAUUGGCACGACAUUCUGCAUAAAUAUAGCUUUGAUAGUGCAAGAACUGCUGUUCAAUUAUCUCAGAGAUGGGCAGUAAUUUCCAAGCGUCAAGGAACAACCAAGCCUGUUAACGCUAAACCAGCUUCGAACUUUGAUAUAAAAGCUACUCAAAAGGCAUUUUCUAUGGCUCUUGGUAUGCCUGUGCGGAGGCCUGGAUUAUCUGCAUUAAGAACAGGAAUUUCACAACAAAGCACUCAACAUCAUGCUCCAGUAUCUGGUACUGCAACAGCUGAGUUAAAAUCCGCAACAUCCUCUUCAUCACUCCCAUUGCCAGUACCAGUGCCAGUCUCAGCCCCCGUGCCUGUUCCAGUUCAAGUGCAGAUGCCACUUCCUCAGGUGCAACAAGCUCCUGCCCAAGUUGCACCCUUAAGAGUGUCAAAUACUUCAAACAAGUCAAGAAAUAACACGAAGAAGCAAGCUGCACAAGCAAAUCUUACAAAUGCUCCUUCCUCGAUACAAGCUGCAGCUAUUGCUGCUGGUGGACGAAUCGCCACACCUAGUGUGGCGACAAACUUGUUGAAAGCUGCACAAUCUACGAAAGCUGUGCAUAUAAGAUCUCGAGGAAUAGGAUCUUCGAAAACUUCUGCAAGCUCCAAAUCAUCCACUAUGGCUGGUGAGUCUGGGCCACAGCCUGGUAGUGCUCAACACCCAGAACUUCCAAAUUGUAGUGCCCCGGCACCAUCUUCUGUUUUGACUACACAGUCAACUGAGCAAGUUAAUGUUGUGGCAGAAGUUGCAGGAGUUAAUCCCCCGGAACAAUCUGCUAGUGCAAAUUUGUUGGAAGGUGAUAGAACAUUGAGCACCACACCAGUGUCUGGCCCAUGCGACAGUAUGGAGAUCGACGAUGACUCCACGUUCUGUGUAGUCACGAUGGAGGACUUGUUUCCUGAAGAUGUGAAGCAGCCAGAUAUUGUAGAUCCCAAGGCUGAGGAGAUCAUAGAUCCCAAGGCUGAGGAGAUCAUUGAUCCCAAGGCUGAUGACAUCAUAGAUCCCAAGGCUGAGGACAUCAUAGAUUCCAAGGAUGCUGACAUGCUGGAGUUUGAUCGCUUUGUUGCCCAAGGAUGCUUGGGUAUAGAUAAGAGCAUAGGUGUCAGAAUUGCUCCUGGAGCUCAAGCUGCCAUUGCCAGCCAGAAGAAACAACCGAAACAGUUACCCACAGCUGGGAAAAGCAUCCCUAUUUUUACAGCAGCAACCAUGAAGAAGACCAAAACUCUAGGUUCGCAUGGAGCGACCUUUCCACCGACAGUCACCUCUGGUGGCCUUGUUGGCACAGGCAAUGCUGGUGUGCUGAGUAAAGCAUUAGGGGGGCAACCAACUGGUCCAGGCACCGCAGGAAAACAAAAUAGGUGCCAAGAAAUUAUGUCCCAGAAGCAGCAUGCCACGAACUCAAAAAGUAAUGGAAUGACCAAGAUUGCGGCUCCUGGCGCUGGAACACCAGCCAGGAAUGCGGCUUCUGGCGCUGGUACACUAGCCAGGAAUGUGGCUCCCGGCACUGGAACACUAGCCAGUAAUGCGGUUCCCGGCGCCGGAGUACCAGCCAGGAAUGUGGCUGGCAGCGCCGUAGCACAAGCCAGGAAUGCAGCUCCCAUUGCUUUAACACCAGCCAGGAAUCCAGCCACCGGUGCCGGAGCAGCAGUCAGGAAUGUGUCUCCAGGCACUGGAACACUGGCUAAGAAUACGCCUCCCGUUGCCGGAGCAGCAGCCAGGAUCGUGUCUCCAGGCACUGGAACACUAGGUAAGAAUAUUGCUCCCGGCGCUGGAGCACCACUCAGGAAUGCUUCUCCAGGCACUGGAACACUAGCUAAGAAUACGCCUCCCGGCGCCAGAGCAGCAGGCAGGAACGUGUCUCCAGGCACUGGAACAGUAGCUAAGAAUUCAGCUCCCGCCGCUGGAGCAGCGGCCAGGAGUGCGGCUCCAGGCACUGGAGCACUAGCUAAGAAUACGGCUCCUGCGACAGGACCACCAGCUAGGAAUGUGGCUCCCGGCACUGGAUCGCCAGCUAAUCGCCAAUAUAACCUGGUGGUGAAGGUGAAUAACGGGGCUAUUAAGGGGAAUUCACCAGCCAGCAAGUAGCCAGGCUAACAUGGUAAAUGUUGUAAUAAUGCUCCUAGGAACCGCGCACAUCUGUUAAAUGUGAAUAGGGUCUGGCACUAGGCAUUCAUUUGCUCUCUUCCUUUCCGAACCAAGUACCGGAGGAACACAUUAGAUUGGAUUGCUCUUAUCUUUGCAGUACCGCCAGUAAUUAGCAUAAUUCAGCUGUUAGCAUACUGUAUAUUUGUUUGCCAUGAUUCCUGCA